GAGAGUAAGGAGCCAGCCAUGAAUCCCUUCCAGAAAAAUGAGUCCAAGGAAACUCUUUUUUCACCUGUCUCUACAGAAGAGGUGCUGCCUCGACCUCCAAGUCCUCCAAAGAAGCCGCCUCCGAAAAUCUUUGGAUCCAGCUAUCCACUCAGCAUCGCCUUCAUUGUGGUGAAUGAAUUCUGCGAGCGUUUUUCUUAUUAUGGCAUGAAAGCUGUGCUGACCUUGUAUUUCCUGCAUUUCCUGCACUGGAAUGAAGACACCUCCACAUCUGUAUACCAUGCUUUCAGCAGCCUCUGCUAUUUUACCCCCAUCGUGGGAGCAGCAAUUGCUGACUCAUGGCUGGGAAAAUUCAAGACAAUCAUCUAUCUUUCCCUGGUGUAUGUUCUUGGCCAUGUAUUCAAGUCUUUGGGUGCCAUACCAAUACUGGGAGGAAAAAUACUACAUACAAUCUUAUCAUUGGUUGGCCUGAGUCUAAUAGCUCUGGGGACAGGAGGUAUCAAACCCUGUGUGGCAGCUUUUGGUGGAGACCAGUUUGAAGAAAAACAUGCAGAGGCACGGACUAGAUACUUCUCAGUCUUCUACCUCUCCAUCAAUGCAGGGAGUUUGAUUUCUACGUUCAUCACACCCAUGCUGAGAGGAGAUGUGAAGUGUUUUGGGGAAGAUUGCUAUGCACUUGCUUUUGGAGUUCCAGGACUGCUUAUGGUAGUAGCUCUAGUUGUCUUUGCAAUGGGAAGCAAGAUGUACAGAAAACCACCUCCUGAAGGGAACAUCGUGGCUCAAGUGAUCAAAUGCAUAUGGUUUGCUAUCUGCAACCGCUACAGGAACCGUGCUGGGAACAUUCCAAAGCGACAGCACUGGCUAGACUGGGCAGCAGAAAAAUACCCAAAGCAUCUCAUUGUGGAUGUGAAGGCACUGACCAGGAUACUGUUCCUUUACAUCCCACUGCCCAUGUUCUGGGCUCUUCUGGACCAACAGGGCUCACGAUGGACACUGCAAGCUAACAAAAUGAAUGGUGAUUUGGGAUUUUUUGUGCUUCAGCCGGACCAGAUGCAGGUAUUAAAUCCCUUUCUGGUUCUUAUCUUCAUCCCAUUGUUUGACCUCGUCAUUUAUCGGCUGAUCUCCAAGUGCAAAAUUAACUUCUCCUCACUUAGGAAAAUGACUGUUGGUAUGAUCCUAGCAUGCCUGGCAUUUGCAGUUGCAGCACUUGUAGAGAUAAAGAUAAAUGGAAUGACCCAUCCCCAACCAGCUUCCCAAGAGAUUUUCAUACAAGUCUUGAACCUAGUCGAUGGCAAAAUAAAGGUGACAGUGCUAGGAAGGAGAAAUAAUUCUCUCUUGGUGGAGUCUGUCAACUCUUUUCAGAACACAACACAUUAUUCCAAAUUACACCUGGAAACAAAAAUCCAAGAUUUACAUUUUCAUCUGAUGUAUAACAACUUAUCUGUCCACAAAGAGAAUUCUGUAGAGGAGAAGAACUGUUACCACUUGGUUGUUUGUGAGGAUGGAGAAAGUAUCUCCAGUGUGCUGGUAAAGGAUAUAGGAAUCAAACCAGACAAUGGGAUGACAGCCAUCAGGUUUAUUAACACCUUGCAUAAAGACAUCAAUAUCUCCUUGGAUACAGAUGUUCCUCUCAAUGUGGGCAAAGACUAUGGAGUGUCUACAUACAGAACUGUGCUGGGAGGAGAGUACCCUGCAGUGAAAUUCAAGACAGAAGACAGAGACUUUUUCCUCAAUUUAGGUCUACUAGACUUUGGUACAACGUACCUGUUUGUGAUCACUAAUAUUACCAAUCGGGGUCUUCAGACUUGGAAGACAGAAGAAGUUCCAGCCAAUAAACUAUCAAUUGCAUGGCAGCUCCCACAAUAUAUCCUGGUUACAGCAGCAGAGGUCAUGUUCUCUGUCACAGGACUUGAAUUUUCUUAUUCUCAGGCACCAUCUAGCAUGAAAUCUGUGCUCCAGGCAGCCUGGUUGUUGACAGUUGCCGUUGGGAAUAUCAUCGUGCUUGUUGUGGCUCAGUUCAGUGGCCUGGUACAGUGGGCUGAAUUCAUUUUGUUUUCCUGCCUCCUGCUGGUGGUCUGCCUGAUCUUCUCCAUCAUGGGCUACUACUAUGUCCCUCUAACGCCGGAGGGUAUUCACAAGCCAAUGGACAAGCAGCUUCCUCAUAUCCAGGGGAAUAUGAUCAACCUAGAAACCAAGAAUACAAGGCUCUGAUGACUCAAUGGACUCAUAACUGAUCCCAGCUCUGGUUUCAGCCAUCACUUACCUUCAAACUUAAUUCCUCCACUAUCAGGUUAGGAGAAGGAGAUAGUAUUUUAUCUGAGUGAGUCUUCUCCAUUUUCUACCACCAUAGAGGCAAUUCUAGGACUAGGUUUUCAGGUAUAUCUUUAAACAAGAAUCCGAGAGACACAGAACAAUAAGCUCACUAAACAUUAGGCAAUGCCUCUCAAGCUGGCCCAGUACCUCCAAAUGGCUAUGAAAAUACAAAUG